UCUUGUCUAAAUAAUUGUGAUGCUCACUCAGAAUGAAAAUCUUUGUGAGGAGCCCCAUUGGCAGGACAAUGUGUCUCAGAGUCCGACCAUCAGAUACCUUGCAUAGUGUUAAGGCAAAAAUUCUAGAAGAACAGUGCCUUGUCUUUGAUGGAAAGCAACUAGACGACAACCUUACAUUGGCAGAUUAUGACAUCCACCAUCAAUCCACUCUUGACCUCCAAGAAAAGAUGCAGAUCUAUGUAACGGAUACACUAGCAGGAAAGAACAUCACUCUUAAGGUUCAUAGCUUAGAUAAUAUUGACAAUGUGAAGGCCAAGCUUGAAUAUAGUGAAGGAUUUCCCAAGGGUCAGCAAUGCCUCAUUUUUGGUAACAAACAACUAGAGGACAAUUCCACCUUAGUAGACCACAACAUUUGCAAGGAGUCCACCCUUCUUGUUCUCCACCCAAUUCCUGGCCUGAUGCGGAUCUCUGUGAAGACGCAACUUGGGACGACCAUCGUUCUUGCGGUUAACAGCUCAGAUACUAUUGACAAUGUCAAGGUGAAGAUCCAUGAAAAGGACGGUAUUCCUCCCGACCAGCAACGCCUCAUCUAUCAUGGCAAGCAGCUGGAGGACGGCCGCACCCUAGCAGACUAUGACAUACAGAAUGGGUCUACUGUUCAUAUGGUGCUCCGGCUUCGAGGUUCUUGAGAUGGAUGCCAUACAUGUUCACUCAACAAUAAGUCUCUUUUGCUGCCGUCUUAUUCUUUUCCAUGGCAGCAGAA